AUGAGGUAUGGAACCGAGAAAGCACCAAUGAAUGCACAAAGGAAUGUUGGCCUCAGGAAUUUCGUCAAGGUGAAUUCGACGUCGAAGACAGUACAUCUUAUAAAUGGCAAGUACCCAGCAUCGGUGCAAAAAGGCGCUACAGAGAACCUGAUGUUCGUUCUAGUGCUGCUCGCUCAAGCAAUUGUGAAACUACCGUACAGUAGUCGUCACAUUCAUCGUGAACGCACUCGAUACUUAGUGAAACUCUUCGAUAGAAUGGCAAAAUAUGCUGUGGGAGGCACCGCAUCUCUGAGAGCGAAAUCACUACCUCCACCGAAACAGCGCACUGACUUCACUAGAAGUCGUUCAGUUCAGAGAAGAGCAGAUUCGUCUACACAGAUUGGCGCUCCGAAGUCGGAGCCUAAAACACAGUUUGAGAUCCGAGAACCGUUGACGAAGAAACUCUCAUUACCAACACAAGAUGUGAACGAGGAUCUAAUGAAUUCAUCUCAACGCCUGAUAGUGUCGUCAGAGAGAAAUAACUGUAUCGAUACGCAUGCGUUGUCAUUUCACGGUGAUCUAUCGAAUGCUUUUGGUCAUUUGCCUUCGAUAGACUCUCCGAAUAUCUCUGCUAUCCUAGAUAGCAAAUAUGCAGGAAGUGCGUUUAACGGAAGUACUCAUUUUUCUGAGCAUAAUAGUCGCGUUGAUAUCCACAAUGAAAACCGAGAAAAACGCACGCUUGACGAACCCGGUAGUCACUGUGAGCAACCGGCACCACUCAAAGAGGCACCGUCACCUCAAAGGUACACUGAAUCACAUUCCACGCGUUGUUGCAAUGAAAUUGAGCAAGAGAAGGUAGAUGCCGAAAUUGAUCGACUAUUCGAGUUCAUUGAGGAACGUGAUGAUCUGGACACAGUUGGAUGCGAAACAUUCCCAGAGCGGAAAAUUUCGGUGCCGAAGCAUGGCGAUGCUCAAACCGUUCGAGACGACGGCGUCAGCCAUCUUCCGGAUGUACUGCUGCGUGCGGAUUCCAGUGAGCUGCUCGAAGCAUGGCUACGAGCACUGAACGAGACCUGUCAGCAGUGCUCAGAGGAGAACAGUGAAUUCUCGGUCGAAUAA